AUGGACGCUACGGGUGAGUUGCCUCCAUGGAAAUUUAUAUAUUUAGAGGUCUCAAUGUUGCUACCUUCAGUUGUUACAGGAGUUGUCUUUUGGAAAUACGGAUAUCCAAUGAUAGCUUUAUUAAUAAUUUUACUCUUUUGCUAUUUAAUCAUACCAGGAUUGUUGUUAUAUGUGGAUAAGUUUUCUACCCAUGUUACAAGGCUAUCUUCAAGUUUUGCUAAAAUUGCCUUUGAAAAAAGCGAGUAAAUAAACAAAGGAAUGUUUUGGUUUGGUAUUUGCUUAACAAUUUCCUUUUUGUCAUUCUUCAUUUCACUCAGUUAUGUUCCAUUCUGGUCAUUUCAUCGAAUCAAUUUCUUUUAUAUGGCUAAUACUGAAAUUAUAGUGAUUUCAGUAAUAAUGCUGCUUUUGGAUCCAUUUUUAGAGGAAUUCUUUUGGAGGUAAUUUUUGCAGAGUGGCUUAGCAGGAGGGUUAACUUACACUAAUCCUAAAGAAUGGAUUAUUUGGAUAGUUGCAAUUCAUUACGGAUUAUUAUAUGUAUUCAUUUUUGCAGUUGUGACCAGUAAAUUCAUGUAUGCCAUAUUCUGUGGAAUACCUUUCGUAAUUUUCAGUAGAAAGUUUUCAUAUAUUCGUAACUCUGGUGUAUUGACAGCCAUUUUAGCGCAUACUGGAUUUAACUUAGGAUUUGUAAUUGUAUUAAAUUUAUGGUAUUGGAACGAUUGGGAAGUUCAUGGAUGGAAACCAAUUGAAUUUUGA